UUUAAAUGUAAAAUUUCUCCGCUGGACCAGGAUUCUACUGGCUCGGCGAGUGAUCCUCGUGGUCUGUUCUGCUGAAACACUGCAGCGGCUUUUCUUGUCCUCCUCCAUGCAUCUUCAGAUAACGCAUCUGAGCUUGUAAUUGAUUUUAAUCUAAAGCCAUUGAUUUCCGCUCAUGUCUUCGUUCAUUUGCAUUACACCAGCUCCUCGUCCCCAUCUUUUGCUUUCUCGGAAGCAACAUGUCCCUAAAAUUCGCUCCCGAGGACUUCAUUUCACCAACAAUACGGUUCUUCGCUGGAACCAUUUCUCGAUUAAUUGCCGCUUCCUCUUACCUCCUCCGAAGUCGGCGAUUAACGGAUAUGGAAUCUCUGUGCCGAGUGCUUCCGAGGAGGAUCAAGAAGAGGCCCAUGGCGGAACUGAGUUUGAUAUUCUAGAUAAGCUUCGGGGAUGGGUUGGAUAUCUACGUUCAAUUUUGCCUGGUGGGAGCUGGUGGAGCUUAUCCGAUGAAGCUGAAGUCAGAACUUCGGUUGAGCCAGUGACUGUGACGCGGGCUCUUAGCAGGAUGUGGGACCUUGUUGCUAGAGACCGUUGGGUUAUCUUUACCGCAUUUUCUGUUUUGGUUUUUGCAGCGCUUUCGGAGAUCUCCAUCCCGCACUUCUUAACAGCGACAAUUUUUUCUGCUGACAGCGGCAAAAUCUCAGUAUUUCACAGGAAUGUGCAAGUCUUGAUGCUCUUGUGUGUCACGUCAGGAUUAUGCAGUGGUCUUCGAGGUCACUGUUUCGGAGUUGCCAACAUGAUCCUGGUCAAGAGGACAAGAGAAAAACUUUAUUCUGCCCUUCUUCUACAGGAUAUAUCAUUUUUUGACAGUGAAACUGUCGGUGAUCUUACAAGUAGGCUUGGAGCUGAUUGCCAGCAAGUGUCGAGAGUCAUUGGCAAUGAUCUUAAUUUGAUAUUACGCAAUAUUCUCCAGGGGGGUGGUGCUUUGAUCUAUUUGCUUCUUUUGUCAAAGCCUCUUGGUUUAUGCACACUGAUCAUAUGCUCCACUUUAGGAGCAAUUAUGCUAGUGUAUGGCCGAUAUCAGAAGAAGGCAGCAAAGAUGGUCCAAGAUUUCACUGCUUCUUCCAACGAUGUUGCACAAGAAACAUUGUCUUUGAUCAGAACAGUUCGUGUUUAUGGGACCGAGAAGGAGGAACUUGGAAGGUAUGAGACGUGGUUGGGAAGAUUAGCGGAUGUGAGCUUAAGACAGAGUGCAGGAUAUGGUCUUUGGAAUUUUAGCUUCAAUUUUCUUUAUCAUGCGACUCAGGUCAUUGCUGUGCUGUUAGGAGGGAUGUUUAUUCUAUCUGGUCGUAUAACAGCUGAACAACUUACAAAGUUUAUAUUGUAUAGUGAAUGGCUAAUUUAUUCAACAUGGUGGGUAGGGGACAAUUUAUCCUCAUUGAUGCAAUCUGUGGGGGCAAGCGAAAAGGUCUUCCAAUUGAUGGAUCUCUUGCCCAGUGACCAAUUUGUAUCACAAGGAAUAAAGUUGCAGAAACUGACAGGACACAUUGAAUUUUUGGAUGUUUCUUUCAGUUAUCCCUCAAGGCCAACGGUGUCUGUACUGCAACAUGUAAGCCUUUCAGUGCAUCCCAAUGAAGUCAUAGCAAUAGUUGGUCUUAGUGGCAGUGGCAAAAGCACGGUGGUAAAUCUUUUACUCCGGCUUUACGAACCAACAAAUGGGCAGAUUUUAAUUGACGGUUACCCUCUUAGAGAGUUGGACAUUGUUUGGUGGAGAGAAAGAAUCGGAUUUGUAGGGCAGGAACCUAAACUUUUCCGCAUGGAUGUCAGUUCAAACAUCAAAUAUGGAUGUACCCGAGACGUAGGACAGGAGGAUAUUGAAUGGGCAGCCAAGCAGGCAUUUGCACAUGACUUCAUCAUAUCGCUGCCCAAUGGUUAUCAAACACUUGUUGAUGAUGAAUUGCUUAGUGGGGGACAAAAGCAGAGGAUAGCUAUUGCCCGAGCUAUUCUAAGGGAUCCAACCCUUUUGAUUCUUGAUGAGGCCACUAGCGCACUGGAUGCUGAGAGCGAACACAACGUUAAGGGUGUUCUUCGUGCUGUGAGAAAUGACUCGAAGAUGAAGAGAACCGUCUUAAUUAUUGCACACAGACUUUCAACCAUUCAAGCUGCUGACCGGAUAGUGGUUAUGGAUGGCGGUCAGAUAGUUGAGAUGGGCACUCACAAGGAGCUUCUCCUGAAGGAUGGCUUGUAUGCAAGAUUGACUAGAAGACAGGCUGAUGCAGUGGCAUGAGAAUGAGGCUGCCUGUGUAUUUCUAAUUUAGCUCUCGUCAAAGGUGAAGCAAAUUUUCAACUGCUAACCAACUCAGCAUUCUGAGACUGAGGGCUUCGGAAAAGGGAAACAGGCGCAUACUAUCACAGAAGGAAUUAUAGCAAUACAAAUUUCAAGCCCAUGAAACAUUCAAUUUAGCUAUUCAGUUUAAGGCAGAAUCCCAAUAUUUGUACGCUUGUAUCAUUUUUUUUGUACAGUGUUUUGGUGCUUAUUGUCGUCCAAUUGAUUUUAAGCUUACAGAUGCGAUUACUUUUCACUUUCAUAUGCGAUAAAUUUUGACUUUCA